GAAACCCGAAUAGAUCCAAACCGAACCCGAAUGGGUAUCCGAACGCCCACCCCUAGUUAUAAUUAACUUAUGGAAACAAAAAUGUAUUUUUAUGUAAUCAGGUCUAUAUACUUAUAUGCAAAACUUUUUCUGGGUUAGAAUAAAUGCAACUUAUACAAGUACCAGAUAAUAUUGAUACACAAAGACUUAAAUCAGUCAAAAAAAUAUGACGAAUAUCCCAAGACACUCCCAUACAAUUUUGUCUAGAGAUGCUUCUAAAUGCAUGGACUUACACUUUUUCUUCCAACCAAACUCUCACCAUAUAAUUUUUUUAAUGGAAAUCAGCAGAAAAGGCGGCUGAUCCUUCGGGGUCAGACCCCUCGCAAGAUAGCAUAUAUUGUGUUCAAAUUAAGCAAAUAAACUUCACUCUUACCAACUCGCUCUCUCUCUCUUUUCCAUUUAGGGUUUAAAACUCUCAAUACUCUUGUAACAUAGUAUCUCUCAUCAAGUUGGUUUUAAUACGUUGUUAAGUUAUACAAGAGACUUUAAACACCCUUUCUGAACUUUCAUUAAUACUAUAUGGGAGAGAAUAACGGAGAAGCUAAGAAAAUGGAAGAUGUGUUAUUGCCUGGAUUUAGGUUUCAUCCAACAGACGAAGAGCUCGUGAGUUUCUAUCUAAGACGGAAGGUUGAGCAUCGCCCACUCUCCAUUAAGCUCAUUACACAGCUCGACAUCUACAAAUAUGACCCAUGGGAUCUUCCAAAGUUUGCGAUGACGGGUGAGAAAGAAUGGUACUUCUACUGUCCAAGAGAUAGAAAGUAUAGGAACAGUACGAGGCCAAACCGAGUGACCAGUGUUGGAUUCUGGAAAGCCACGGGAACGGACAGGCCGAUAUAUUCAUCGGACGGAAGCAAAUGCAUUGGUCUGAGGAAGUCACUUGUGUUUUACAAAGGAAGAGCUGCUAAAGGGGUUAAGACAGAUUGGAUGAUGCAUGAGUUUCGCUUGCCUUCUGCAUCAACACAUAACCUUUCGGAUACUCAUCUAUCUCCCAACGAUUCAUGGGCUAUAUGCAGAAUAUUUAGGAAAACAAACACAACGGUUCUUAGAGCUAUCUCUCAAUCUGUUUCAUCUUUACCAACAGAGGCAAGCACCGAUACAGAAACCUACCCAAAACCAUCAAACAUAGCCCAAAUGUUUCCAGAAAUUAUCCCCCAAAAUAGUGCUCCCUUCACCUUUUACAAGAAAAAUAUGAAUGGGACCAAACCAUGUUCAUAUUAUGAAGAGAAAGAAGCUACCAAUAAGACUAGUACUUCUACAACAACUAGUUCCUUCUCUUGCAUGGAUUUCACUUCCCCAGCUAGUCCUGGUCCUUAUCUAGACCAACAGUACCUAAGAAGCCUAUUGCUUGCCUCACAAGAAACACAGCCAUCUCAGCUUCCAAAGUUCAUCAACAACAACGAUAUCUCGUCAUUUUUGCUAAGCACGCCAUCAUCAAAUUCCUCAUUUCUUGGAGGAUACACAAACCAGAUAGGCUCUAAUAUUGAUCUCACCACUGCAAUAUUGGCCCAGGAGCAGUGUCCUGCUCUUGUUAAUCUGUCGCAAGAGUACCAAGAUAUUGGUUUUGAAGAAAACAAUGGUGGUGCAAAUCAAGAUCAUCAUCACAAAUUAAAGUUUGGUGAUGUAUCUUCAACUAUGGUUGGAGAUCAACAUCAAAAUCAGAGGCAUCACAUGUUGAUGGAGAGUUACUAUUCCUCAUUUUCAACAACUAAUGACGAUUUGCCUACUUGUUUUUCCAUUACUUGAUGUUUUUUCAAUAAGUUAGUUGUAUCAGGGCUUCUUGCUUUUCUUGGAUUGUUCUUUCAAGUUAGUGUGUUU